UCAUCAUCAACGUCCUCCCCCAAGCCCCGUAGUAGAAGACGGGUCGAAAUCCCUACCGACCGUGUGGACCUCGUCGCUCCUCCAGAUCCAGAAUCUAAUCUUCGUCCUAUCAUCUAUGCCUCUCGUCCUUCAUGGCAUCAAUCGUCAAACUCGCCUUACUCGGCAGAUGAAUUUCCCUCAGAGUCUGAUACUAAGCUACAGACUAAAGAGUUAGAGUGGAGGAUGAGGAGAGAGAGGGUCGAUAUGAUGAAUCAUCGUUUUUGGGCCGCAAAUAACAUACAAUUCCAGGCUCAACUCGCAAGACGAUUGUCUUUCCUUCCUCCACCAUCUGAUCCUUCUACUGAACGAGAUAUCCAAAGGAGAGAAGAUUGUCUAGCUCGGUUCUAUGCAGAUUGGCAGAAAUCAAAUCAUACCAAACAGAUGAAAUGGGUGUUGGAAUGGUGGACUGAAGUAUGGGCGGGGAUUCGAGCACAGGCAGGUAUACAUUUAUUACGUUUGUCGAAAAGAUGA